GCCUGCGCAGACGCAGAGGGCAGGAAGCGAGACGGGGUGCGAGAGCGCGGGGGGGGGGGGGGGGGGGGACGCCUGCGCAGACGCGGACGUAAGGGUGCCGGGGCUCAGGCAGAAAGCGCGAGGGCAUUUUCUUCUUCGUUCUUACUGGAUACUGAGCUCUGUUCAUCCCUGCCCUCCGGCUUUCGAGAUUAGAGGGAGGAGGGGCUGUGCGCUUAGCUCCACCCGGAAGACGAGCCCGAGCCCGGGACAGGUGCGGAGCCUCUCAUCCCGCCACAUACACACACCCCCGCCCCGGGCACGUGGUCGGAGAUCGAGGAGCCGGAUGGCUGAGCCCGAGCGGCCGUCGCUGUCCCUUCCCGGGGGCCCCGCUGCAGGAGAGGGAGCCACCGACCUGGGCCCGGAUACGAAUACCUUGGAGCCGGCGCCCUCUGCCGCUGUCUCCCCUGGAACAGAGGAACCCACCGGCGACGCCAAGAAAAAAAUUGAUGUUCUACUGAAAGCUGUUGGAGACACACCUAUAAUGAAAACGAAGAAGUGGGCUGUGGAACGAACCCGAACUAUUCAGGGUCUCAUUGAUUUCAUCAAAAAAUUUCUUAAACUUGUGGCUUCUGAACAGUUGUUUAUAUAUGUGAAUCAGUCCUUUGCCCCCUCACCAGAUCAAGAAGUUGGAACACUCUAUGAGAUGUUCACUCUCCAUCCCAUUAACACAAAGGAGGAUUUUAUCAAGAUUUGAAGUCACCUCACUGACAUGUUGUCUGUAGAUUACAUUCUCUUUACUUUUCUGAAAACUGAAUUAACAUUCUCCCUUCUAUGGUGUCUCCCCUGUUCUCUGAAAUCUUUCAAAUAUCAGUAAACAGAGUCUUAGCAUGAAAAUCUGCCGGUUCUUUUAGUACUCUGGAAUGUAAUCUGUCUGGACCUGGUGACUUAAAUUCAUCAAAGGUGGCAAAGUGCUCUGUUCCCAUCUCCUCACUUAUCUUAGGUUUCAAUUACAAGCUAGCCCUUUUUUUUUCCCAGUCCAAAGAUUAUUCUCAGCAGAGUUAGCAGAAGGAAAAUAAGAGUAGAAUAGUUAGUUCUGCCCUCUCUUUCAUCAUUUUUGUCAUCUUAUCUAACAGUAGUCUUUUUUCAAUACUUCCUCCCCACCCCAAUUUAGCUUUAAAAAACCUUUUGUGAUCCUUUUUUUUUUUUUGCUAGUCUCAGCUCAUUUUUCACUAUAGAACACCUAACACCAUUCUUAGAGGGCUAUGCCACGCUUUUGUAGUCAUCCUCUGUUAUUUGCCUUUAUUUCUGUCUUCUGUUCAUGUCUUUUAAAAAUCUAAGUUUCUCAGUGAUUUCUCUAUGUUCACAUAUAAUUAUCUCUUAAGAAAGAUAGUAACCACCUUUUUGUCUUCAUAGAAGUUUCUCUUUGCAUCUUCUGAAUUUUAUUCAUGAAGGCUUCUCAUUCCUCUUGAGUCAACUUCUAUUAAAAAUUUAGGCCAUGGUAUUCAAUCUAACCUUUCUCUGAAUCCUUUGAAAUAGUCUCUUCAGAAAUACAGACUGCAUGUCAAACUGUGCCCAACUUUCCUCUUCUCUAUUGCGAAUUAGUAUUGGUCAAAACCCUGAAGGAUCCCCUCAUUCCUCUUUCAACAACCAGUUUCAUCGUUUUGUUGAGAAUUUGGUCUGGUAGAACAUUUCACCUUCUCGUCCCUCCUCUCUGUCUUGUGAAGGAUGAGAUUAUUAUAGAGGCAAACCAAGAAAUUACUGGCUGCUUUGCUUUUAUCAGAAAGAGAGGGAACUCCAUCAGGUGUCCAUAUAACUGAAGCUUCCACUAUUAUUAUAUUGUGCUUCUAAGUUUCCCUAAUUCCUCAUCUGUUUCUUCUAUCAAUUCAAUGACAGUAGCACUUGUGUUUCUGCCUCUGAUUCAUUGGGUUUCUUCUUCAUACAAAUUGCUUCUCACUUUCUCUCUUGUACCUACCUAGUUCCUUUUCUGUGAGGUGUAUCCCUUCAGAACCAUAUUCCAGGUAACGGUCCUGACCCACCAAAUCUCAAUAUAUCGUUUGAGGUAGUUUUUUGUUGGGAUUUCUGAUUCACCUUGCUUAUAACACUAUGUCUUAGCUAACUCCAACCCUUCUUUCUUUUUCCUAGAGUCAAUUGUCCAGUAUUCCCUGCAUGAUUCAGGGGAAAUGGCUAGUCAAGAUCAUUAGCUGUCUUUGUCUGUAAAAUACAUAUAAUAAUACUUGUACUCUCCCACAGAGUUAUAAGAAAAACACCUGAUAAAUGUGAGCUUAGAUUAUUAUUCCCAAUUAGAAUAAUAACCAUAAUGAGAAGAGGAAAUGUGGCUAAGUGCAAUUAAAUUCAUUACCAGUGAAAAGUAACUCAAAUAUACCAUUUUAAUGCUGGGUUCAGUAACAUUGAGCAGGAUUUAACCAAAUUCACUAAAUAAAUAUUCCUAAUUGUGUCAAGGAAAACACCCAUUCCUUGACAGAUUAGGAUUGCAAUGCUCAUAAUCUACUUGCUCACAUAUAUGUAAGACUAUUACAAAAUAUUUGUGGUCUAUGACAUUUGAUAGUGUUGAUUUCAUUUUGAGGAAUAGAUUACACAUUGAGACUGUAAGUGCAGUGGAGCUUAAUUCUUUGUUAUAUUUUCUUUUUUUUCCCUUUUUAUAGUGUUUUGGCAGUGAUGGUAAGCUGGUCCUGCAUUACUGCAAAUCUCAGGCAUGGGGAUGAUCUAUAAACAAUAAGAACCACUUGCUGCUUAGCACUAACCUCCAGAAAGGAAGCAGAGCACUGUGUACAAAAACAUGCUGGAAAGAGAUGAAUGUGAUCUUUUCUCCAUUUAUUUACAAAACACCUCUUUCUGUAUAAGAGAUGUGCCUGUAAACAAAGAAUGGAGUCCCACUAAAUGUAACUUAAACUAUUUGUCAUGCAAAUCAUCGUUACAAAGUUGACAGAAUAUACCCAUCUUGGUAGUGUUGCAAAAUGUCUUGGCUGCUGUUUUUUUAAUGACAAACAAUGUAGUCUUAAUUUUACUUUGAUAAAAGGGAUUUUUUUUAAUACUUGUUUGUACAGGGAAAUCCAAUGUGCUUUAGUUAUAAGAUGUGUUCUUUCUCUUAUUGCAUCUCCUGGGUAAUCUUCUCUUAAAAUAUCUCAGUUUGCAAUAGCUCCAUUUGGCUUACCUAGGCCAGAAGAGGGUAGCCCAGCAGGCAAAAGAGGGAGGGAUAGAUGUUGGCAUCUCUCUUUAAUGUCUUCAUUGCCACAGUGGCACUGAAAUUUUUUUAAAAUAGCCUGUUAAUAAUAACAGACAUGUAGCCAACAGGUGGAGCAAACAAUUUGGAUAGCUGCAAGACUACCUUAAUAUUUUUAAUUGUGUAGUAGGAACUCUCAACAUGAUAGGGCUUUGCUAACUUCUUUUAUUAUUCUCCUUUAUUAAACAUUAUUUGGGAUAGGUAGAUUAUCCAGAUCUUUUUAGCCAUAUUAUUUAAUAGUUAUUGAAAUACGCAGUGAUUUAUUAUUGUAUGUUUACUUAUACAAUGCCAAAAACACUUUGUAUAUAACUACAACAACAUAUCUCAGUUAAACUUUUGGGAUUUUUGCUGUUUGAUUCUGAAGGGCCAUCAAAAAAUCACCUUUCUGCCUCAUGUAGUUCUCAUGCUACUACUGAAAAUUUAUUUUUUUCCAUUAGUUUAGCCAUUAUAACUAACUUUUUUCUUUACUGCAUUGGUCACAUGGUUUUUUCAACUAACAUUCCAGUAAAUUGAAUGAAAUUACAUAUCAUUUUAGAGUGUCUACUGGAGCCAUAAAAGAAUAAAAAGGUUUUCAUAAAUUGUGCAUUUCAACUUCA